AUAACUAGCAUCUCCCAUCACUACUUCUGCACUGUGUUUAAUUUGUAUUGUACAUUUUUUUCGAUGGUGGGCUCCAAUUUCGGAAUUAUUUACCACAACAGCGCCGGUGGCGCGAGCAGUCAUGGACAAUCCUCAGGAGGCGGAGGAGAUCGGGAUCGGACCACACCAUCCUCGCAUCUCAGCGACUUCAUGUCGCAGCUGGAGGAUUAUACUCCAUUGAUUCCGGAUGCAGUCACCUCGCACUAUCUGAACAUGGGAGGCUUCCAGUCGGACGACAAGCGCAUCGUUCGUCUGAUCAGCCUCGCCGCCCAGAAGUACAUGUCCGACAUCAUCGACGAUGCACUGCAGCACUCCAAGGCGCGCACCCAUAUGCAAACCACCAAUACACCGGGAGGAUCGAAGGCCAAAGACCGCAAGUUCACCCUGACCAUGGAGGACCUGCAGCCGGCUUUGGCCGACUACGGCAUUAAUGUCAGGAAAGUGGACUAUAGCCAGUAGUUAAUGGCAUACUAAGCAUUGUGUUAGUCCUAGUAGUUUUUUCUCAUUAAAAGGAAUGUAUCUUAAACAUA